AGUUGUGUCCAUGAAACGUAACUCGGUUGACUCGAUGGGAAGCAUCUACGGUUUUAUUAUGACAACAUGCGUUCCUAACCUAGAUAUAACCUUAAAACGCGAGUUGUUUAUUUAUGAACGUUUGAAAUUAUGUCUGUGUACCAUGAUGAAGUAGAAAUUGAAGACUUCGAGUACGACGAAGACGAGGAGAUAUAUUAUUAUCCAUGUCCCUGCGGCGAUCAAUUUCAAAUAUCCAAAGCAGAAUUGGUCGCUGGAGAGGAGGAGGCCACAUGUCCUUCGUGCUCCUUGGUAAUCAAAGUAAUUUACGACAAGGAAGCGUUCGCAGCUAAGCAGGAAGAGUUUGUUAAAAACGAAGAGAAAGAAUUCGUCGCGCAGAAGGCUUAGUACAGAGUACAAUUACUAUGGCAUCACGUGGUAGAGGAAGAGGUAAACCCUCCAUGUCGAUUAGUACGGAGCAGCUGGGGUUUUCCAAAGGAGAAGCCUUGCCACCGCCUGUUUUACAACCUCCGCCUAAGUAUCCAGUU